GCUUCAUAGAUUCGGGGUUGCCAAGGUUCUGAUUCACGCAUUCUACAUCUCUCUGUGUUUUCCACACGGAAUCGGUCUGCCACAUGUGAGCCCUCCAAAAUCAACAACAUCCUUGGACAUUUAACCCAACCAUUUAGGUUUCACCAUCACUACUGUCCAACGUUUAAAAUCCUUCGUAGGAGGGAGAACGAGGCAAAGAGGUCAAAGUCGGAUGGAAUCCACAGUCAACCGUUGUUUAUAUCCUGUGUUUUCUUACAUAUUCCAGAUUUCCCACUUUUCGAUGGGUUUCACUGCAAUUGUUCUUCUAUUGUUGUUAUCGGAUUUGAUAGCCCUAAUAAUCACUUUUUAUCUCUGUUCGACAGGUAAUUUAUGUUUACAGUUAAAAUUAACUCCGGCCUGCUUCUAAUUCCAUCUCUACUCCAGUUUCCGUCGAUUGGAGAUGGAUGAUUACACAUUCUGGCGGUAUCUGUUAAGCGAGGUGUUGCUUUUUAUUUUCUACCAUAUAACAAUUUUAAAGGUUGGGAAAACUUUAAGUGAAGGGAGAUGUAAUGCUACCCAAUUAUCAUCUGAAAAAUCAAAGUCAAAGCAUGUCAUUAUAGAAGAUGAGAAGAUGAAGACACAACUGGAAUCUGCAAGCGGUCUGAUUGAGAAAGUGCCGAUGAUGAAACCAUCUGAAAAAUUGUUGCACUUUUUAAGUGCAUCAGAUGUAAUAGUGGAUUUCGAAUGCUCCAACAACGAAGCACAUAAUUUCCAAUAA